AAUUGACGACUGUCUCUGCCGCCGCUGCUUGGUCAAUCAUUAGCCUUGACCCAUGACUUCUACAGAUGCGGGAGAGAAGGACGCAACGCCAGUGGUGGAAAUCAAGCGUCUGGACCCGAGCGUCGUCAACAGGACGCGCCAGUAUCCAGGUCUGCCCAGAGGAACAAAUGUUCUUGUCACCGCAGGAGGCGCCGUCUCCGCAGCAACCGUAUCCCUGCUCAAGUCUGCCGGGUGCACUGUGACCGUCCUAGGCGUCGCGCGUGCCGCCUCUGCCCCACCAAACUGCACCCUUGUCAAGGGAAGCGCGUUGAGUAGAGAGUCCUGUGCUAGCGCGGUCGCUGGUCAGGACGUGGUGGUGCAUGCCGGCAGGCCUUCUAGCCCAGGAGCGGUGGCGGUGGCGGAAGCGACGAAGAACCUGCUGCAGGCCGCGGCUGCGGCAAGCGUUAAGGGCUUCGUCUACGCGAGCUCCGCCAGCGUGUUGUUUGGGGGACAAGACCUGAAACUAAUUUCAGAGGACGCGCCAUAUCCCAGCCGUUUCGCUGACCCACCCGCAGCCUACAUCGCGGAGGCCGAGAAGGCGGUGCUCGAGGCCAACGUCGACAGUAGCAGCGGCAGUAGCACGAUGCUGACGUGCAGUGUCCGAGCGGCCCCCUCGUACGGUGCGGCGGACGAAGAAGGAGAGGCUUCCUCGGAAGACCGCCUAAUUCCCGGGUUGGCCUUCCGCGCCAGGGCUGGGGUCCGUCCCGUGGGCGACGGGAACAACGCCGUGGAUUUCGUCUACGCCGGCAACGUGGCGCACGCGCUGCUCCUGGCGGCGCAGUCUAUGCUGCAGGCGUCUUCGGCAACGGCAUCAACACCGCCGCCGCCGGCUGUGGCGGGGCGGGCGUUCCACGUGACGGACAUGGAACCGAUUCCGUACGGAGAGUUCGCCGCCCGCGCCCUCUCCCGCCUGGGUUACCCAGACGGCGCCGGGGGGUCGGGAGGGAUGUCGGUGCUGCUCGCGACCGCUCUGGCGCUCUUGCUCCGGGUGCUGGCGCUUGUCGUGUCGCCCGUCUUCGAGUUCCGGCCGGCGUUGACGGCCCUGCGGGUUGCGGAGGAGAGCGCGGUUCGAAGGCUGGACACUUCGAGAGCGAGGGAGGGCCUCGGGUACACGCCACUGUGGAGUCAAGAGGAGGGUUUGGACAUCACCUUGCACAGAGCAACGGCGCUCAGGAAUCCCAGGGCCAAGUUAAAGCACAUCGGGCCUUUUACGGCUGAGGAGGUAGCUCGUCACUCCUCUGAAGAGGACGCGUGGAUCAUUGUCGAUGGAAAGUACUUCUACUGCACCAGGUGCGCCUACACCAAGAGGGCGGCCAUCAAUAUCGACGUCCAGGAAUUCUCCGAGAUCAAGCGCCUCGAGCGCAU